GUUGUCGGCCGGCCGAAAUGUCUUCGACCGCUGCACCGUCUCCCAGCGUCGUCGAGCGCGUUCAAAACUUUGUCCAGGAGCACAAGAAGGUGGUUCUUAUCGGAGCAGCCGUCGCAGUGGUUGCGAUUGGCGGCGCCGCAUACUACGCUUCGAGCUCUGCUUCAGAGCAGGCGGUACACAAAAAGGAUAAGAAGAAGCCCAAGAGCAAGAAGAAGAAGGGAACGAGUGAUGACGGUCCUCUGCUGGAGGAGGUUAAGCCGACAGCGGAGGGCGGCGAGGAUGACGAUGAGCUGGUGAUGACGAACGAGAGGAUUGCUGCACUGUCUACAGAGGAGCGCUCGAAAGUCGCCGCCUCUCUUAAAAGCAAGGGCAACACUGCGUACGGCAAGCGCGAGUUCAAGAAGGCGGCAGAGUACUACACGAAGGCCAUUCAAGUGUCAUCGAAGCCUGAGCCCACGUUCUUUAGCAACCGCGCUGCAUGCUACAUGAACAUGGCUCCUCCGCAAUACGAGCAAGUUGUUGAGGACUGCGAUGCUGCGCUGGCCCUGGAUCGACGGUACGAGAAGGCCUUGGGCAGACGGGCAAACGCUAUGGAGACGCUCGGCCGCUUUGAGGAGGCCCUUCGAGAUUUCACCGCGCUCACUAUUUUCGAACAGUUCAAGAAGGAGACGACCACCAACGCUGUGGAACGAGUCCUCAAGAAGCUCGCUGAAACAAAAGCGAAGGAAAUCCUGACUGCGCGUCCGGAAGCACGGUUACCGGGCCAGACAUUCAUCUCUGCCUAUUUCGGCGCGUUCCGUCCUCGCCUUCUCCCAACGCUUCCUGAGAACUCAACUUCUGGCGAUUGGAGGCUCUUGGACUCCCUCAAAGCCCUUGAGGCGCAGGACUACAUCCACGCGCUCACGCUCGCGAACGAGGCUCUCGAGCAGGGUAUCUCAUGGGACGCUGGCAAGGCGGAAGCCCUUAACCUUCGGGGGACAUUCAAGUUCCUGACGGCUGAUGUCGCCGGCGCGAAGGCCGAUCUUGAGGCAUCGAUUGCGCUUGUUCCCAGCUACACUCAGAGCUGGGUCAAGGUCGCAAGCGUCUUCAUGGAGCAGGGCGACCCCAAGAAGACAUUCGAGUGCUUCGAGGAGGCCCUGAAGCACAACAAGAACGAUCCCGAUAUCUUCUACCAUCGCGGUCAAGUGCUGUUCAUUAUGGGCAAGUUUGAGGAGGCUGCGAAUGAUUACAUCAAGUCUACCGAGCUCGAUGACAACUUCGUGUUCAGCCACAUUCAGCUCGCCGUCGCGCUGUACAAGACGCAGAACCUGUCCAAAGCGAUGGACACCUUCCGUCAAACACUCCAAAGGUUCCCGCAACGCAGCGAACCAUAUAAUUACUACGGCGAACUCUUGCUGGAUCAGGGCCGCUUCCAGGAUGCCGUCGAAAAGUUUGAAAAGGCGAUUGAGAUUGAAAACGCUAAGCCGCCGCCGAUGAACGUCCUUGCGCUCGUAAACAAAGGUCUAGCACUCUUCCAAUGGAAGAACGACAUCCGCGCGGCCGAGCAGUGCUGUGAGGAGGCUCUCCGCAUUGACCCUGAGAGUGAGGCUGCCGUUGCGACGCUUGCUCAGCUCAGCCUGCAGCAGAACAAGAUUGACGUUGCCGUGAAGCUGUUCGAGCGCCAGGCGGACCUGGCGCGCAGCGAGCCUGAGCUUGUCAGCGCGCUGACAUACAAAUACGCAUCGGCGUCACAGCUCCAGUUCAUCCGUGACUACCCCGAGAUGGCCACGUCACUAUCUGGCAUCGCGCAGGAGAUGGCUAGGGGCGCAUGAGCGUGGCAUACCACCCACGCUGUUGGCUACGUGUGGGCUAAGGACACUUUCGUUAGCUACUAGCUAUGUAUAUCCUUUUAAUAUUCUCACUGCGCUGAGUUUCAAAGCAAGUACCCCUCGC